AUGGAGUACGCCGGAGAAGUCGAUGACUUCGAUCUGGACAUCAUCCGCCAGCACUUGCUCGGCGCCGUCGGUAGUUUCUCGGGGUCGUCGGCUAGCCAUCAGCAUCAGGGUCCAUUCUGCGACGACAACACCUUCCCCGUGCUGCCACCACCUUCUGCGGCGGAACCGGCAGCGUACCAGCCCAUGUCGUUCUUCCCGCAGCAGCAGAUGCAGGGCUACGUAGACCUGCCACGGGAGUACGUGAACUCCUCUGCGCCAGGGGCCGAGACGGCGGUGUUCCGACCGCCGGAACCGCUAGCACAGGCGCCGGUGAUGAUGAUACAGUUCGGCGGCGAGCCAUCUCCUGUUGCGGUGAGGGUGCCGGCGCUAACCAUCUCCGUGCCUGCAGGCCCGGGCUCGUUCGGGUGGCCUGCCGCGCCAGCGGUGCCACCGGCCGCGGCGGAGGACUUCCGCAAGUACCGUGGCGUGCGGCAGCGUCCGUGGGGCAAAUACGCCGCCGAGAUCCGCGACCCGAAACGCCGGGGAUCCCGCGUCUGGCUCGGCACCUACGACACCUCCAAGGAGGCCGCGCGCGCUUACGACCGCGCAGCCUUCCGGAUGCGCGGCGCGAAAGCCAUUCUCAACUUCCCCAACGACGUCGGCACGCGUGGCGCCGAGCUGUGGGCACCGCCGCCUCCAGCUACCACCUCACAGACUGCCGGCAGCGCGACGAACAAACGUAAGAGAUUGCAGGAGGAGGAGGAGGAGCUUGAUGUGGAGGUGAUAGAAGUGGUAAUAAACAAGGCCGUCAAGACCGAGGAGCCGUCGCCGUCGUCGGCCCAGGUGUCGCUGGACACACCCUCGUCCAUGUCGACGUGGACAGCAUCUUCGACGGUGACUUCCGCGGCUACGACGCCGGAGGGAGGGUUUCCUCCGACGCCAUCGAGCUCCGGCUGGGACCAGUACUGGGAGGCCUUGCUCGGAGGCAUGCCGCUGCUGUCGCCCCUGUCGCCGCACCCGACGUUGGGGUUCCCGCAGCUCACCGUUAGUUAA